AUGGGACUGAACUGGAUGCAGGUGGCACUCGGCCAUCACAUACAAGAACCCGAGCCCUGGCUCUGCAGCGUGACGAACAACUUCCCUCUGGCUAUGGCCAUAUCAAUGGCCAAAGGUCUGAAAGAAAUUGAUGUACUUGUCGGAGCAUCAGAGACUGUCCUCACCAACUCUCCGUGUACCGAGAAGGGGGCCUACCGAGAUACGUGGUACACUUUGACUGGCGGCAACGUCCCCGAGGGCUUCAAAAUCUGCCCGGCUUGCUAUGCGGCGUGGGUCGUCCCCCUCAAGCUUGAUCGAUUCUAUGAGACAGCACGAGGUGUAGAUCCCACAAAGCCCUUUGUUUGCAGUCUUCACUCUUCAAGCCCGCGAUGGACGCAGCAGAUUUAUCGCUGGUCGGAGGCUAUUGAGACGGGUGUCUGGUCAAGAUACUCCAACUGGGUCCGCACGUUCGCCGAUGUUCCACCCUGCGCAGGAGAUGGACAGAUUAUGAACGCCAAGUGGUACGGCUGGGAGGACUGCACCAUAUGUGCGGAUUGCUGGGUCACUUUCUGCAAGGACGCACAUCCCGCCGCCGCCAGCCUGCCGAUGGAUUACCACAAACAGCUCGUGCCAGACGCCAGGAUGUGCUGCAUGUACUCCCCGCGAAUGCGACAGAAGUGGGUAGAGGCCUGUCAAGCCGGCGAUGCAGGUGAUCUCAUUGCGUUGUCCAGGACGAGAAUCCAGGUGUACGUCCAGACGGUGGUGGAAAUCCGGAGGCUGAGACAGGUGCACCAGAUGCAGCUCUUGCAGUCCCAGAAUGCCGGCACCCAGAGCCUCUCUUGGGCUAACAUAGAGAGGACCAGGCUCCUUGUUGGGACAGAUGGGUAUCAACACGGAAAUAGCACGCUGGGAUGGCAUGCGACGAGCGAGGGGGCCACAAGUGCAGCGUACAUGCAAGAGAUGAAUAGUCUUGCGAGCCAGUCUUGGGGCACUCUGGUCCAGAUUGAGAAUUUGCAGAACCAGUGGAAGAUGUUCGAGUGA